CACUAACGACGGCCUCUCCGAUUUUCUUAGACGCGGAUUGGUUUUCAAAUGGGUUGUCAGCCCCUCCCGAUCAUAAAUGCUGGUUCUGAGACCCAGCGCAAGAUUUUCUUGACGACAGCGAUGGCGACCUGUUUCCUUUUCAGAGUGAUGUGGUUCAUUGCUUUGGGAAUUCUGGUGAUUGCUUUGCUGGAUGUGACAGAGACUGAAGCCACCAUCCAAGAAACUGGGACUGUUAUUCCAGCAGAAAGUCGCCCAUGUGUUGACUGUCAUGCAUUUGAAUUCAUGCAAAGGGCCCUACAGGACCUGAAGAAAACUGCAUAUAGUUUAGACUCAAGGACGGAGACUCUUCUUCUGCGAGUGGAAAAAAGAGCACUGUGUGACUGCCAGCCUACCAACGCACUGAGCUGAACCACGGAUAUGAGGCAUCAUGUCUUCCAUUUGCUGGUUGUCAUACACAUGCUGUUCUGUGCAGCACAUGCAGUUAAUGGAGUGUAUAUUCAAACUUAUGUAAACUACAGUGGGGAAAAAAAAAGAGUAUUCUGUCAGGAAAGUUGCAGCCUAUUUUAUCUGGUAAAUUUAAAACAAUACUUUUGUUGGUUGAUAUUUUAUCUCUUCAUAAAUUCCUCUGACAUGCUGAUUCCUCAGAUAUGAAAACCCAUUCUUGGGGUGGUGAGUGUUACCGUCUUUCUAAUUUAGUCCACAAAGUGUGCUAUCACUGUUAUGUCCUGUGGGUAUGCUUGCAAGCAGGGCCCAGAAACACCAGAAAUGCUGUUUAGAUAUGUUGCAGCACAUGUGCGUCACCCUAUGAUUUCUGUUUUUUCUCCCAUUUUUAUUGUGACACACAGCACCACUGCAGCUUUACUGUGUGUACAGCAUCUUUCCGUAGAAGAAACAAUUUCUUACUGCACUGUAGGAUUUGCAGCAGUACACCAUCUGUAUGUACCAUCAUUAAAUUAUCUUUUGCAGCCCUCUCCCAUUACAGUUUUUGAAUCUGUUCCUAAAUAUGUUUCUAGUACAGAAACAUGAUAUUCUUUCUUCAAGGCCAGCAUGUGACCUUUAAAUGUUCAUAUACGAAUAAGUCCCUACUCUUGUAGCACAGGCUUUUUUAAUUCUUGUUGAUUGUACUGUGAAGCCACUUUGUGUCAUCGUUAACUUUUGCUUUGAGCUUAAACAGUCUAAAUUAUUCCAUUGGAAUCGAUAUGUUUUUGAUAUGUUACUCUCAUGGCAUUUACAUUAUUGGGGGAUUUGGAGGUGCCCAUCAUUGAGGAUUACUGCUGUAGUGAGGUUACAUAUUUAUGGGAAAUUACCACAGGUGAGUGUCUGCCCUCCUGGUCUGAAUUCCAAAGCUUUUAUGGGACAUCCGAGGAGAGCAGUUAGAUUUCUUUAUUAGCCCUGAAGAUCAGUCUGAUGCAGAGCUAAAAAUGGAAGCAGCUGGUUGGUUGCAUUUUCAUUUUUUUUUUUCUUUUUUCGUUUUGCUACAAUAAGCAGUCAGUAGCCUAUCCAUGUCUACAUUCGUCCCUUCCAGGCACCAUCCACAGAAAGAUCAGUUCUCAGUUUGGGAACUUGUCCUAGUUGUUGUGCUGAGUGAAAUGUGAUAAAUGUUUGUAUUUUACAUUUUGCCGUUGUAUUAUUUAACCACAUAACAUGGGAUUACUGGAAAUGCUUGCAGAUAUGAUUGCCUGCACAAAGUAGAUUCUGCCUAAAGAUUAUCGUUUGGUUUCUUGUGUCUGGAGCAGAACCGCCGAGUCUCCAUUAGUGAAUACUACACAGCUUCAUGGGGCAUAGCAUGUAUGGGCAUUUCUAGAGCACAAAAAACAUGUGGCCUUGGUGCAAAAGACAUUUGCUUCCUACAAGGGAGAACACAAGGGCAGGUGAAAUCAUAAGAGAUCUCUGAAGGAAAUACAUAGACACCAUCAUAUCGAGCAGCAAAAAAGAAGAAAAAAAUAGAACAAGCGAGCAAGGGAGUGUGAGACCAUGCAUUCCUCUAGUGGUGCUGCUGAGAGCUGAGGACUUUGUACUCAGUGAAGAAUUGCAUUGUCUGUUCAAAAUCUCACAACCUAGUUCUACUGUAUCUUUGCCUGACGUAGCUCCUUUAGAGACAGACAGUGGAAUUUCCCCCCAUGUGAUAUUCUAGGCCUUAACUGAAGCUCACAAGGCUUCCAUGGCACUUACUAGUUUUACUGGUUUCCAUCAUGGGCAUUCCUCCUUGAUAAUGUUCAACUGUACCACCUGAAAUUUGUUUGUGACAGGAUAUCGAUAUCUGAGACCAAAAUUUCAAUUUAUAUUGAUGUUUGCCUCUACAACCUCUGAUUAUAAGAAAUUUGCCUCAUUGUAGUGCAGAAUUAGCCAUUGGGUAUCUGUCCCAUGUAGAGAAAGAGUGAAUUCACUCUUCCUCAGAUUCCAUGAAAUAACAAUUGGAUAAGCAAGAUAUGGAAUAUUUCACAGACCUCCUAAUCACUGUGCUGUGAUGCUAAGCAUUAGGAAGAAUGUAUCAGUAUACCUACCACCAGGAAACAGUUUUUUUGAAUCUGAUGAGAGAGUUCUUUAAAAAAGAACUCGGAGAAGGUUUUGGAAUACAAAAAGAGGCAUGCUGACUUAUUGCACACACAUAGUAAAGAAGGCAUCAGGAUGUCCCUCCAGUAUUCCAGUCUUUUGAAGAUACAUUUGAGAUGGUGUGUCUAGAAUAUGGCUCCCAUCUUCCAGCCCCUAAGAAACAUAGUAGUUUCUACAGAAUGCAAGGCACCUGGAAAUUGUUAUAUAAAAACCCCAUUAGCAAGCUCUGUAGUUGUUUCUGUGGAUGCUGCAUGGAAAUCUAAACUGGCUUUUGGACUCAAAAAGGUGCCAAAUGGCAAGAAGAACUGAGUACAAGAUCACUUCUGAAAGAUGAAGUAUACUUCUUCCUUAGAUUUUAAGUUCAUUAACUGCUAGACUCACAUCAUUAAAUGCCAAGGGAAGAUCCUCAACCAAGUGGUGGAGAUGGCAACAGAGAUGUUAGAUGAAGCCCUUGGAGACACAGUCAGUCUUAGUAAAUCAGACAGCUUUUUAAAUGGAAGGCAUGGUAUUAAGUGUGGGUAUGAUGUUGAUGCUUGCAGCAAAAUAGCAGUGAUGGGAAUUAUUAUACGUAGCCAUGGUAAUUUGAGGAUACAGCCUCUGCCAGAGGAUGUUAAGGGGCAGUUAUAAAACCAAUUUCCUCCUCAAUAAUGUUUUAAAGACUAAAGGAGAUGGGCAGACCAUAAAGUCAAGCAAACAGUGAUUUUACCCCCCCCCCCCGUGCAUUGGUAAAAUAUGAAUUGUCUUAUGAAACAAUGUCCUUCUGCAAAAAGAAAUCUAAUCAGCUUAAGCAAAAGAGGAUCUUUGAGAGAAGCUAAUCUUAGAGAGGAGGCAGAGCAAGGCAACAAGGUAGGAGGAGGGGAGGCAACUCUGCCCUCCCUCAGGAUGGAAACUGGCAGUACUGUCUAUGUUCCCAUCCCACUUCCUCUUUCCUUUCUUCUUCCAGCAUCAUCUGAUUUACAGGGAUCAAGGCUGUCCCAUUUCAAGGAAGAUUUUGCCUUCAAACAAAUGAUUAAGAGAAAUAAUUGCCUCUGGCUAUAAGUUAGAAUUCAAGACUUUUACACCCAUCAUAGGUUCAUAGGUUCAUAGGUGUGUACUAGGCAAAUGGCCCUGGAUCCUUUACAAGCCUAGCUCGUAGAAGUGCCUUGGAAACACCUUCCACCUUACUGGGCCAGGUACAGGUAACAUGGCCUAUACUGGCACAGCUUUUGCUCUGUAGAGCUGCAGAGGGUAAGUUGGUGUCCCGUCUUGAAGAGCAGGGAGAAGGGAUUUACUCUAGAUUGUUCUAGUCCGUAAUAAAGUUGGUCUUUGAAGGUCCAUUCUAGAGUUAUCCAGGCUGAUUAAGUUUCUGAGGACUAACAGAUUCAAAAAUACUAACCUAGCAUUCUGUGCUUCUACUCUUUUUUCCAAAUUCUCUUUUAGGCAUCCUGGCCCAGAAAGAUGUGUACCUGCAUAUCCUUAUUCACAGGUAUCACAACUAGUACCUGAGGUGCAGACUAGGGCAAGACUACUUCCAUUUCAGAUCUUUGGCAUUUCGUCUGUUCACUGUGGCUAUAGUGUUUUUAAAAUGCUUACCUUCAGUGUUUGCACACCUCAGGACACAAGGGAUUCAUGCUUAACAUUAUCUGAAUAAUUGCUUAAUUCAACAAUUUCUAGUGCAAGGCAUUCACUGGUAUCUCGAAGACUAGACACUUCUUAACUAAUCUGGCAUUCUCCCUUAAUUUAUUCAGGUUGAAUCUGUGAUAGUGGAA